UCACCCGUCCUCUUUUCGCGCCAAUGCGGUGCAUUGUGGGGGAAAGUUAGCGGAAGUCCGCCCGAUCGUGUUGUGUUGUGUUGUGCUGUGCUGUGUGUUGUUGUGUGAGUUGUCUAUGUGUCUCCGGGUGUUUUGUGGAGGAUUUCUGUUUUUAGGUUAAACUUUAAACGAGAGUUUGUAGGAAUGCGGGGCGAAGAGUCGUCCGAUUCCGAGUGCGGAAGGAUGGAGGAGAGCUCGGUGCGGAGGAGCCUGGAGACCUUGUGCCAGGAGCUCAACAUGGACGAGAGCACCGCCUCGGAGACCAUGGACAGCUUCUCUAGCAUCUGGAACACCUACACCCUGGAGGGCGAGGUGGUCCACUGGCUGGCCUGCUCCCUGUACGCCGCCUGCAGGAAGGGCUCCACGCCCACCGUGGGCAAAGGCCUGAUGGAGGGCAACUGUGUGUCGCUCACCAGGAUCCUCCGGACCGCCAAGCUCAGUCUGAUCCAGUUCUUCUCUAAGAUGAGGAAGUGGGCCGACAUGUCGAACCUCCCCCAGGACUUCAGGCUCCGGAUGGAGCGCCUCGAGCGCAACUUCGAGGUCUCCACCGUCAUCUUUCGCAAGUUCGAGCCCAUCUUCAUGGACAUGUUCCAGGACCCGCAGGGCGGGGGGCGUCCCCGGCAACCCCGCAGCAGGAAGCACAGGCGUUUGCCGUGUCACAUCAGCGACGUGUUCAAGUUCUGCUGGACUCUGUUUGUUUACACCAAAGGUAACUUCCGGAUGAUCGGGGACGACCUGGUGAACUCGUACCACCUGCUGCUCUGCUGCCUGGACCUUGUGUUUGGCAACGCGCUGCUCUGUACCAACAGGAAGGAGCUCAUCAACCCCACCUUCAGAGGUCUGCCGGCGCUCCACCCUGCUGGCGGCCUGCUGUCAGACGAUCCUCCUCCGUGUGUGUUGGAGCGUCUCUGUGAGCUUCAUGACGGCCUGGUGGUGGAGGCCAAGGGCAUCAAACAGCACUACUUCAAACCCUACAUCCAGAAGCUCUACCACAGAGAGAUCCUGAAGGGCAACGAGGAGCAUUUGACAGAACUGUUGGAUCCUCAGAACUUUAUUGAUAACAAUAAGGCCAUAAACAGGGAGUACGAGGAGUACGUGUUGACCGUGGGAGACUUUGACGAGCGAGUGUUUCUGGGAGCUGACGCCGACGAGGAGAUCGGAACCCCGAGGAAAGUCCUCCAGGGGCCGAGUCACAUGAGCUCUCAGAGUCCACCACGUCAACACGUGGAGAAGUCAGGUUCUCUUGCCCCACCCACCCCUCUGACUGGGCGGGGCUAUCUGAAAGAGAAGGACCUGCUCGUCACCCCCGUCUCCUCGGCAACGCAGAGCGUCAGCCGGCUUCAGGGCAUGGUGUCCGGCCUGAGGGCGUCUCCCAGCGAGCAGCUGAUGCAGAUGUUCAGGUCGUGCUCCAGGAAUCCCACAGAGUCCAUACUGGGCCGAGUGAAGACACUGGGACAAACCUUCAAGCACCAUUACACCAAAGACUCCGAGGACAUGCCGGGAUCUCACAUAGACUUUGCAGAGAACCGUCUCAAGUUGGCUGAGAUCCUUUACUACAAAAUCCUGGAGAACGUCCUGCUGCAGGAGACCAAGCGCCUCCACGGCAAAGACAUGAGUGUGCUGUUGGAGCAGGACAUGUUCCACUGCUCCCUGGUGGCUUGUUGUCUGGAGGUGGUGUUGUUCUCCUACAGCUCCCAGAGGACAUUCCCCUGGAUCAUCGACAUCUUCAAGCUGACCCCAUUCUACUUCUUCAAGGUGAUCGAGGUGUUCAUCCGCUCAGAAGAGGGCCUCUCUAGAGACAUGGUGAAGCAUCUGAACCUCAUUGAGGAGCAGGUUCUGGAGAGCAGAGCGUGGAGGGCCGACUCUGCCCUGUGGAGCGCCUUGCAGGCUGCGGGUAGCAAGGUCCCCACGGUGGAGGAGGUGAACUUCCCCUCCAGCCUGGACACGGGUUCUGGCGGGGGGGUUCCAUCUCACCUGCCCCUGGUCGCCCUCUCCCCCAUCAUCCACCCCCGCAUAAGGGAGUUCAGAUCCGGUCUGGGCAGCGCUCGUAAAGACGUUCCUCCGUCUCCGUUGUCGGUCCAUGACCGGUACAGCUCCCCGGCGGCUGGCAGCGCCAAGCGGCGUCUGUUCGGGGACGACCCACCGGCCCGACCCCCGUGCGUGACCCCAGGCAGCCAGGUGAUGUCGCCUGCCAAGAGGUUGACAUUCGGGUGCGGCGGCACCCUGAGGAUCGGAGCUCAGAGCGCUCAGACCACCGUGCUCAGCAUCCCGCUGCAAGGUGGGAAUAACGAGCGCACCAUCGCACUGAUUCCAGUACAGCCGUGUGACUCCUCCGGGACGAUCACCGCUCAGUUCCUCCUCACCGCCUCGCCGAGCCGAGCCCCCGGGCCCGUGACCUCUGACCCCCAGGUGGGAACCGCCCGGCCGCGACGCACUGGAUCGCUCGCGCUGUUCUUCAGGAAGGUGUACCACCUGGCCAGCGUGCGGCUCAGGGACCUGUGCGUGAGGAUGGACGUCUCCUCCGAGCUGCGGGGGAAGAUCUGGACCUGUUUUGAGAACUCGCUGGUCCACAGCACCGGUCUGAUGAGGGACCGGCACCUGGACCAGCUGCUGCUGUGCAGCGUCUACAUCGUGUCCAAGAUCACCAAAGAGACUCACAGCUUCCACGACAUCAUGAAGUGUUACCGAUGCCAACCGCAGGCCAGCAGCCACGUGUACCGCAGUGUGUUGCUGCGCCACAGGGAGCAGGCGCCGGAUGAGAACAUGGAGGUGGAUCCCGUCUCAGGGGGAGAAUCCGCAGAGAAAACCGACGAGGGGGCGGGACCAGCAGGACCAGCCGACCAAUCGGAGGAGCGUGGAGACCUCAUCCAGUUCUACAACAGCAUCUUCGUGCUGAAGAUGAAGAGCUUCGCUCUGCGUUACGCCACCCAGGACCACCGGGCCGACGCCCUCCCCCUGUCGCCCUUCCCCUCGGUCCGGGCUCAGCCUCUGUCCCCUCGCCGGGUCUCUCAGAGACACUCGCUGUACGUCUCUCCUCACAAGUCGUCCGCCUGCUGCCUCACCCCCAACUCCUUCACCUACCGCAUCAACAGCAGCCCAGCCAAGGAGUUAUCCGACAUCAACCGGAUGAUCCGACAGGGCAGCUCCAGCAGGAAGCGCGCCUUCACCAUGGAGGGGGACGUGAUGAUGUCAUCAGCCUGCGACUCUCCCAGCAAGAAGGCGUGUCCAGAGAGCAGCAGCAGCGCCGACGUGCUUCUGAAGCGUCUCCAGGACGUCGUGUCGGAGCGACAGAGCCACUGACCUUAAAGAGCAAAUUUGUCCCAGACAGGAAGCAGGAAGUUUGUCCUCCCUGCCUGCGACCAAUAAAACGCUGGACUCACCCGGCGUCGCCCGACGUCGCCCGACCACAUGUUGGUGUCACUGCUUUUACUUCCAGGUGCGAUAACAGGAAGCAGCAUGUUGGCUGUACUGUACAUGGUUGGUGUUCAGGUGAGAUGGAACACACUCAUGAGGAGGGACAGCGUCUGUCUUUUGUCAUGUGACCUGUUGCUAGGAGACGGGGCGUGUUUAUAGCAGGCAUUUCGGUGUCCCGUCAUGCGUUAUGCGAUUGGAACGUACCACAACGCACUAUAAUGAUUUCUGUGUCCUUUGUCCAGAUUCCUGCUCGUCAGUUUACUUUGACGUCAGCCGUUUUAUUCUUAAACUAACUGGUUUUUAUCUUCGGUCUGAGCCACAUUAUGUUUGAUGAUGUAACAGAAGCAGAAACUGUGUAGCACCACACGUUAUUCCGUUUAACAUUUCAGGAAACAAUAAACCAUCGAACCUUUUGCGCUCAAAGCUUAAUGAGUCAAAUCUGUUUUUGUGCUUUUCUGAAAUAUUGUCAUAAAAAGUAUUUUGGACAAUAAAUGGAACUUUGAACAAUUAGUGUUCAUUAAUUUGA